GGGGUCAGCUUUCGUCAUCCGCAUCAUCACCAGAGGCAACCAUGCAUCAGACUCUUUGAAUCCGUAUAGCAAAAGUGCCAGCCACGAGCACGAGAAGGUCGUGCUGCUUCCUUGCGGCCAGCUGGUUGCGCCUUCUUCCUACCUUACACCAUCUCACCGCAGUAAUCUCGUCCGAUUCAAAAUGCGUGCCUUUGCGUCAUCGACCGUUCUCUCCCUUUCGCCUUCUUCUGUAUCCCAACGCUCCUUUUUCCAAUCCUCGCUGGUCCAGACAUCAAAGAAGUCUUUUGGCACGGCGGGCAUCUGCUCGCACGCUGCAACUUUCCUCGCCUCGACUUGGUCCGCUUCGUCUGCUGCAGCACGGCAACAAUGCAUCCACGCUCCUCUCUCUUCCUCGACCAGCCUACAUCCUUUCCUUUUGCUUCUCCCAUUCUCCUCUCGCCAAACCGUUUCCCCCGUCUCCCCUUUUCCCCGCUGGCGAAACCGCGUCACCGUAUACUAAAAAGUCACUAGAAUGUUUUCCGCGUAUAGUCGAACAUCGAAAUUCGAAAGGCAAACAAGAAAAGGGCACUCGGAGCGUCGCGUUCUGGC